CGCACAUCAUCUCCGCACAAAGUCAGUUGACGCUGCCGUCGCCGCUGUCCGCCGCACCUGGAUCGACGCCCGAUAAUGAGCAUCAAACUUCGAGAUCUCAUUCGAAAUGUACGAGCAUGCAAAACUGCUGCGGAAGAGCGGGCCGUGAUCGCUAAGGAAAGCGCGCUGAUCCGUACAGCGUUCAAGGACAACGACAAGCAGUACCGACACCGCAACGUUGCCAAGCUCUUGUUCAUCCACAUGUUGGGCUACCCGAGUCACUUUGGGCAGAUGGAAUGCCUCAAGCUUAUUGCGGCCAACAACUUUUCAGAAAAGAGAAUAGGCUACCUCGGCUUGAUGCUGCUCUUAACAGACCAGGAGGAAGUGCUCACGCUGGUCACGAACUCGCUGAAAAACGAUCUCAAUCACGCAAAUCCGUUCGUUGUGGGCCUCUCGCUGACCGCUGUCGGGAACAUUGCGUCGCCCGACAUGGCGCGCGACUUGAUCACCGAUAUCGACAAGCAUCUCAAGAGCGACAAUCAUUUUCUGCGCAAGAAGGCGGCUCUCGCAUGCAUUCGUGUGUUUCGCCAGGUACCAGAGCUCGUGGAAGACUUUGUCGAGCCCAUUCUCGAUCUUCUACGCAGCAAGAACCACGCCGUGCUGCUCACGGGCGUUCAGCUCAUCAUCGACCUGUUGCUCAUUGACCGCGCGGUCCACGGCGAGUACUUCAAGGGCAUUGUGCCGGCGCUCGUCCGCGAAUUGCGCAACUUGCUUUCCAACAACUACACGCCCGAGUACGACGUGUCUGGGAUUGUCGAUCCGUUCCUCCAGGUCAACAUCCUCAGUUGUUUGCGCCUGCUUGGUCAAGACAACGAAGAGGCGUCGGAGGCCAUGAACGACGUGCUGGCCCAAGUUGCGACAAACACAGAGACGUCCAAGAACGCCGGGAACGCCAUCUUGUACGAGUGCGUAUCGACAAUCAUGUCGAUCCAAAGCGAGAGCGGCCUCAAAGUGCUCGCGAUCAACAUCCUUGGCCGGUUCCUGCUCAACCGCGACAAUAACAUUCGAUACGUCGCAUUGAACACGCUGUCCAAGGUGAUUGCGGACGACGCGCCGGCCGUCCAGCGCCACCGCAACACGAUCGUCGACUGCUUGAAAGACCCCGACUUGUCCAUCCGACAGCGCGCUCUCGAGCUCAUCUACGCUCUAGUCAACGAGUCCAACAUCCAAGCGCUCGCGCGUGAAAUGCUCAACUACCUCGUCGUGUCCCCAAUCGACCAAAAGCCCGCACUCUGCUCGCGUAUCGCCGAUGCCGUCGAACGAUACGCCCCAACACAGCGCUGGCAUAUCGACACGCUGAUCACGAUGCUGUCGAUUGCCGGGUCGAUCUUGCCGGACGAGCAUAUUUCGUCGUCGCUAAUCGUGCUGAUCCAAAAGAACCCGGCGCUCCACGUGUACGUCGUGCACAAGUUGUUUUGGGCCCUCAAAGAAGACAUGUCACAACUUGCCCUUGCCCACGUUGGUCUGUGGUGCAUUGGCGAGUACGGCCGGGCGCUGUGCGGGAGCGAUCCCCCCGCGGAUGAAGAGACGCUCCAGGGAAAGACCCGCGUGGACGAGGCCGUCGUUGUCGAUCUCGUCUCCACCAUUGUGCGCCACCCGAACGCAUCCGACCAGACGAAGGCGUAUGGGUUGACGGCGGCCGUGAAGCUGACUACACGACUCACCCAGCCUGACUCGAUUGCGACGCUUCGGGCGUUGUUGACGUCCCACAAGGCAGCGUUGGCGGUGGAUUUGCAGCAACGGUCGAGUGAAUUUGCAGGUCUGUUGGAGCCCCAGUGGUCAGGCAUUCGUGGAGACAUCUUGGCCCCGAUGCCCAUGAUUGACAUGACUCGCGUUCGAACCCGGCAGUCGCAACUGCUCGCGUUCAGCGCUCCCGCCACGUCCGCGGAUUUUGAUGAAGCCGCACCGACGAACGGGUCGUCAGCUCCCCCCACCACAGCGCCUGUCAACUUGUUGGACUUGGACGACAUUUUCGGUACAUCUGCGGCGACAACUGCACCUACGACGGCCGCCCCCGCACCCCCCGCAGCGACACCGGCGGUGGAUUUAUUGGCCGAUUUAUUCUCGUCUGGCCCUGCUCCACCCAGUGCCAUGGCGGUGGCUCCUGUCGUGCCUUCGACAGCUCAAUUGCUGGAUAUUUUCGGAGGCCCGCCCGCAGCACCUGCGGCACCCACGACUGUAGUACAGCCCCCCGGCCAACACAUUCGCGCGUACGAAAAGAACGGCCUUGCGUUGGACAUUGAGCUGAGCAAGCCCAACUUGAGCGACCCGUCGAUUUCGCACAUCCUGUGUCUGUUUACAAACAAAUCGGCGUACCAACUGGACAACUUUGUGUUUCAAGCUGCGUUUCCAAAGUACAUUCGAUUGAUUAUGGACCCGCCGAGUGGCGCGAGCAUCCCGGCCAACUUGGGUGGCCGCAUCACGCAGCUGGCCAAGAUUCAAAACUCGAACCAUGGCGAGAAACCUGUCAUGAUGCGUAUCAAGCUCGAGUUUACGAUCAACGGUACCAAGAUCGAAGACAUGGCGACGGUGAAUGUGUUCCCGCCGACCUUUUAACGCAUACAAACAUCAACCGAUCGUCUCGUCCAUGUGUCAUGUCGGUCGACCAUGUCUUGCAUGCACUGGACUGCCUUCACGUGUAAGUUUACGUGGAAGGUGCAUCCCCGAGCAGCUUUCCUGUACUUGACGGCGCACAUCACGACGCAAAACUCUCCUCCCUGCAUGAAAAUAUGCCUACUUGACGACACAUG